AUGCCGCAACCCCUCAAUUCCAAAGAGCAGGCGCUCUUCCGAUUAGUUGUCCGCAGCUAUGAGGACAAGCAGUACAAGAAGGGUGUCAAGACGGCCGACCAGAUCCUCAAGAAGUUCCCCAAGCAUGGUGACACCAUGGCCAUGAAGGCCCUGAUCCUGAACGCCCAGGGGAGGACCGAGGAGGCGUUUGCGCUGGGCAAGGAGGCUCUGACCGCAGACAUGAAGUCACAUGUGUGCUGGCACGUAUACGGGCUGCUGUACCGGGCGGCCAAGAACUUCGAGGAGGCUAGCAAGGCGUACAAGUUUGCUCUGAAGCUGGAGCCCGAGUCCGCCCAGAUCCAGCGUGAUCUUGCCGUCCUUCAGGUCCAGAUGCGUGAUUACCCGGGUUAUAUCCAGAGCCGGAGGGCCAUGCUGCAGGCCCGGCCUCAGAUUCGCCAGAACUGGACCGCUCUCUCCAUUGCCUACCAUCUUGACGGGAACCUGACAGAGGCUGAGAAGGUCCUGUCCGCCUACGAAGGGACCCUGAAGCAAACGCCCUCCCGCCUCGAUCUCGAGCACUCCGAGUCUGUCAUGUACAAGAACUCGCUGAUUGCCGAGCAGGGUGAGUACCAGAAAGCUCUAGACCACCUGGAAGAUGCUGCAAAGUACAAUUUGGAUCGUUUGGCAGUCAUGGAAGCCCGAGCCGAGUACCUGCAGAAGCUGGGUAGGAACGAGGAGGCUGCCAAGGCCUACAGAGCGCUCCUGGACCGUAACCCAGAUCAUCAGGCGUACUACGAAAAGCUCACACAGGCCUUGGGUAUCAGCGAUGAUGAUGUGAAGGCCCGGAAAGCCAUCUACGAUGAAUAUGCCGCCAAGUUCCCUCGCUGCGAUGCCGCCCGAAGACUGCCUCUUGAUUUCCUCUCUGGUGAUGACUUCGAGGAAGCUGCAGAGUCUUACCUGACUCUGAUGUUGAACAAGGGAGUUCCUUCAACGUUCGCUAACCUCAAGCACCUGUAUUCCGACGACUUCAAGAAGGAGGUUCUGCCUGAGCUCGCCGAGAACUAUCUAGAAUCUCAGGGAGCCGACGCUUCAAGUAAGGACAAGGGUGAGGCCGCUGCGUUGUACUUCCUGGCUCAGCACUACAACUACCGACUGAGCCGCGAUCUCGACCAGGCCGACGAAUAUGUGAACAAGGCAAUCGAGAAGGACCCUAAGAGCGUCGACUACAAUAUGACCAAGGCUAGGAUAUUGAAGCAUCGAGGUGAUAUUAAGAAGGCAGCAGAAGCAAUGGACUAUGCUCGUACCCUUGACCUUAGGGACCGUUAUAUCAACAGCAAAGCCGCCAAGUACCACCUACGGAACAACGAUAACGAGAAGGCCUUGAAGACUGUGGGUCUCUUCACGAGAGCUGAUACUGUUGGUGGACCUCUUGUCGACCUUCUGGAUAUGCAGUGCGUAUGGUUCCUUACUGAAGAUGGCGAGGCCUAUGCCCGGCGGGGUAACAUCGGCCUUGCGCUCAAGAGGCUACAGGCCGUUGCCAACAUCUUCGAUGUGUGGCAGGAAGAUCAAUUCGACUUCCACACCUUCUCCCUACGAAAAGGACAGAUCCGCGCCUACGUCGAUAUGAUUCGAUGGGAGGACCAUAUCCGGGACCACCCCUUCUACUCCCGAGCCGCUUUAGCUGCGAUCGACAUCUACCUUGACCUGGCCGCCAAGCCAGCCGAGAAUGGCGUCAAUGGCGAAGACACUGAUGAGGCAUUGGCAAAGAAGAAGGCGGCCAAGAAGGCCAAGAAGGAGCAGCAGCGAUUGGAGCGUGAGGCUGCUGAGAAGCAGGCCAAGCAGGACCCCAACAAGGCCAGCAGCAGCCAGACUGACGAGGUGAAGAAGAAGGAUGACGACCCCUUGGGCCUGAAACUUGCCGCUACCGAAGACCCUCUCGGCGAUGCCGUCAAGCUGCUGGCACCCCUGCUCCAGGUUUGCCCCAAGAGCUUGGAAGCUCAGCACGCCGGUUUCGAGGUGUACCUAUUACGAGGCAAAUAUAUAUUGGCACUACGCUGCCUGAGGGCCGCCAUCGAGAUUGACCCCAGCAGCCCCAAGGUCCACGAGCAGACGAUUGCCUUCCGCCACGCCCUCAACCACGCCACGGACCUCCCCGCCAAGGUCCUCGAGGUGCUCAAGGAGGAGUUCAAGGCUAUCGAGCCCUCAGAAGACCUGAAGAAGGUCAACGACGCCUUCCAGGCCAAGCACAAGUCCAGCCCGCCCCACCAGCUCGCCGCACUGCGAGCCCAGCACAUCCUGGGCGAGGAUAAGGCGAGAACCAACAAGGAGGUUCUUGCACUGCUUGAGCUCCCUGAGAUUGAGUUUGCCCACGCUCUGGAGGCCCUAGAGCUGCUGCAAAAAUGGAGAAGCUCCGAGACUGAGACCUUCAGAAAGGCCGCCAUUGCAAAGUGGCCCCAGGUUACUCGUCUCGAGUAA